UCCCUCACCAUAACAUAUUACUCUUAUUAUCCACAUCUCAUUGAUGCACUACACUCAAAAACUUUUCAAGAACCUAGCUACAAAACCAUUAAAAUCAAACCCUACAAGUAGAUACAAUAAUAAUAUAGAACCAUUAUUGUUAUCUAAGGCUAGAAGAGUAACAAGAUAGCUAGAUGGAGAAGGGAAAUGGUUUUGAAGGUGGUGCAGCAAGAUCAUCAACAGCAUCCAUGAACAUGGCUUAUAAUGGUAGUGAGGAAUUGGAAGGAAACGAGAGUAGCAUCAUACGCACUGUAGAGACAUUCUUGCGUUUGAUUCCUAUUGGUUUGUGUGUAACCGCGCUUGUGAUUAUGCUUAAGAACUCUGAGCAAAAUGAUUAUGGUUCUGUUUCCUACACUGACCUUGCUGGUUUCAGGUUUUUGGUGCAUGCAAAUGGGAUCUGUGCAGGUUACUCAUUACUUUCAGCUGUGUUUGUUGCUUUGCCCCGCCCUUCCACCAUGCCUAGAGCUUGGACAUUCUUUUUCUUUGACCAGGUGCUAACCUACAUAAUCCUGGCUGCUGGAGCUGCUUCAACUGAAGUAUUGUACUUGGCUGAUAAGGGGAACACAGCAACAACAUGGAGUGCAGCUUGUGGAUCCUUUGGUUCAUUUUGUCACAAGGGAACAGCAUCAGUGGCUAUCACAUUUGUUGCAAUGUUUUGCUAUGUGAUGCUUUCCCUCAUUUCUUCCUACAAGCUAUUCAGCAAGUAUGAUGCACCAAUGAGCAACCCUAUUAAUGCUAAAGGCAUUGACAUUGUUGCUUCUCAUGGCUGACCCUAAAAUGGUAAUGGUGUCUAGAAACUCUGCUUGUGAUGUGUGUACACUGUGUUAAUUACAGUAUGAUAACUAUAAUUACAUACUAUUAUGUGUGUGAAGUUGUUUCAAUGAGGACUCAGUUUGACUCGUUCUUCAUGUAUAACAUGGUAUUAAGGUUGGCAUUAA